CUCUUUUCUUCUUGGGAACUUUAUGCAUUCAUCUGUUCUAAAGCCGUCUCUGUCACCAUAUUUUCCUGGAAGACCCUACAGUUUUGCAUUCCAGUCAUAGUUCUGAAUGUAUGUUUGUCAGUUUUCACGUGGAAAAUGAACUUCAGCAUGUCUGUUCCUGCCAGUGACGAUGAUGUUGUGUCUCGUCAUCUGACUGCAUGUGCUGAUAUAAUAUGCAAAUAUGGUAGAUGUGUGCUGGUGGACGGCAAGGCCAGCUGUGAGUGUAAGCUGGGCUACGUUGGAGACACCUGUGACGAAACAAUCAAUGACGCUCUGUCUGUACCGCUCACCCUCGGCAUCCUGGCGUUCAUCAUUGGCUUUAUCAUCCUGUUCUUUGGGAUGGCUUUUUUCCGGCAAAGGCAAAAGGCAAAAAUGAGAAAAAAGGCAGCUGAAGAAGCCCUGUUAAGAAAUGGAGCACAUCUUUAACAUGUUUUAAUGCCAAAAAAUAGUGUCUUCAACACAUGAAGCACUUCAUGUACACUCCAAUUAAAUACACUUUCCACCAUGACACUUAAUGUGCAUGAAUAGAUCUAUUCAUCUCAUGUUAUACUGGUGUACAUAUGUAGUGGCGUAGCACUGAAUGCACUCAACAUUAACUGACAACUCUUGUAUAUGAAAUCCGUGAAGUCCGCAGCACAUUUGAUUGAUUCUAGAACAUGACUUGAGUUGGUGUACCUGCUGGGAGAUGCAUGUAAAUCACGUUAAACAUGCAUUGACUGGUUCCUGAAACAUGCCAGGUAUUUCAGUGCUGUUUUUCUGCUGUUAUAUUUAGCUCAGUCCUGAUUAGUGAGUUUGAAUAACUGAAAGCUGACUAGUUUCAUAGACUGAUAAGCCACAGAUAAGUAUCUUUUAUAGAGAACAGUCACGCCAUUUUUUAUAAUGGGUUUUGGUUGUGUUUACUUUCACUUUUGGAGUUUCAUAACAACCUUUUUUUAUUUUGUUUAGUAGAACCCUCAUUCAACUGUUAACAUGACUGUCUGUAUACAGUAUUUUGGAAUAAAGAUAUUUGUUUUU